GAUGUUUACAGGCCAUUGCCCGGUUCAACCGGGGCCAGCGUAAUAGAACUCACUCAAUAUUUAAAAUUGACAAGAUGGCGGCGUACACAUUGUUGUAUUACUUCAUGGAGCAAAACAAUAAUUUUCUAAAUUCAAACGCACCACUUGUAACAUUUUAGAAUAUGCAUGUUUGGCCUAAUCGAGAACAACGAUGGUAUCGCCAAGUUAAGGUGAUUCCAAGGGAACCAUGUCAACACCACUGUGUCAUCUGCCCAUGUCUGCCAUUUUCUUUCUGCUUGACUCAAAACACCAACAUCCUCCACCACCUGCCAAGUAGUGAUGGUGAGAUCCUGCAGCAAAUCUUGCUAGCUGAAGGCGUGAGAGUCAAUGAAACUAGCGGCCUCGAGCUCAGAAUCACAUGCUGGCAGAGCACAAGUGUUUGCGAGAUAAACAGAGGCAGCAACACUGAUAAGCCAAUGCAGAAACCAUAUGGCCAUAUUUUCUCAAUUUUAUUGGGCCUGACUUGCAGCCUGAAUCUUUUUUUUUUUUUACUGGAUGAAAUGUCUAUUAUAGUGUCAGAAAUGCAGUGAUUGGACUUUUAAACCUACACUUGUAAAUUCAGCCAGCUCAACAACCACAAAACACAAUGGCUUCCGGUGACCACAAAGAGACAGGGAAUGAACUGUCAGAACACCUUCAAAUGGAUCAUGAGUUAUUGAGUCAAAAUCAGUACCCUGCUGGGAGUAACUUCAAGUCCAAAAGUUUGCCCACUCUAAAUGACUCAGGCCAGCAUAGCAAGGCCUUGUUGACCAAGUCUUUGCAGCAACAGGUGUCAAUAACGGAGGAGAAGAGUACUGAAUUCAUCCAACUCCCACAGAGGAUCAACCUGAACCAACCUUUACCUGAAUCGCCCACCAGGACUAAUGUUAACUAUUCCCCUUUCAGGUCUAGUGUGGUGGGGAUGAGUCUUUCAUUUAACACAGAGACGCAGGUCAGCAAACCCAGGCGUAAAAAUGCCUCAAGACUACCCCUGAUGCGUUUACCCACUAGGAAAUACAUGAGUGUGAUUCUCGAAGACUCUCGCUGUUUUUUAUGCUGCAUGUGCUACCUGACAUUUAUCCAGUCACUGAUGGUGUCUGGCUACCUUAGCAGUGUCAUCACCACCAUAGAGAAGAGGUACAGCCUCCGGAGCUCUGAGUCUGGUCUGCUCGUCAGCUGCUUUGACAUAGGCAGUCUGCUGGUGGUGGUCUUCAUCAGUUACUUCGGAGGCCGAGGGCAAAGGCCCAGAUGGUUGGCCGUGGGUGCAGUGUUUAUAGCCGUCGGAGCAGCACUCUUCUCCUUGCCUCACUUCAUCUCCCCUCCGUACCAAAUCCUGGAGGUGAACUCAUCACGGGGCAAUGAAGGUCUGUGUAUGAACCACAACGGCAGUGGCAAGGACUUCCUGGAUUUGUCCUCCUGCCCCAGAGACCAAGAUGGUAAUGAACACAACCUGUACGUGGCCCUAUUCAUCAUAGCACAGAUCCUGGUGGGUAUGGGGUCGACACCCAUCUACACCCUUGGACCCACCUACCUGGACGACAAUGUCAAGAAAGAGAACGCCUCACUUUAUCUUGCUGUCAUGUAUGUGAUGGGAGCCCUGGGUCCGGCUGCUGGGUACCUGCUAGGAGGAGUUCUCAUUGGCUUCUACGUAGACCCCAAGACUGUGGUCAACAUAGAUCAGAGCGACCCUCGCUUUAUUGGCAACUGGUGGAGCGGAUUCCUGCUCUGUUCUGUUGCUAUGCUGCUGGUCAUCUUCCCCAUGUUCACCUUCCCCAAAAAGCUGCCUCCCAGAAACAAGAAGAAGAAGAAGAGGAAAAAGAUUAGCCUGGACAACGUGUCCAGUGAUGAUGAGAUCACCAAGGAGAAGACCAACAGCAAGAGCCAGACGGUUACAUCGUCCAUGGGCUUUGGGAAAGACAUCAAAGAGCUGCCUAAGGCUGCAGUGAGGAUCCUGAGUAAUGUCACCUUCCUGUUUGUGAGCCUGUCCUACACUGCAGAGAGCGCCAUCGUCACCGCCUUCAUCACCUUCAUACCAAAGUUCAUAGAGUCGCAAUUCGGCAUCCCAGCGUCCAGCGCUAGUAUCUACACAGGUGUGAUCAUCGUGCCCAGUGCUGGGGUGGGGAUAGUCCUGGGGGGCUACAUCAUUAAGAAGCUGAAGUUGGGAGCCAGAGAGUCAGCCAAGCUGGCCAUGAUCUGUAGUGGGGUCUCUCUGCUCUGCUUCUCUACUCUGUUCAUAGUGGGAUGUGAGAGCAUCAACCUGGGAGGCAUCAACAUUCCAUACACCACUGGUCCUACUCUGACCAUGACCCAUCGUAACCUGACUGGAGGGUGUAACGUGAACUGUGGCUGUAAGAUCCAUGAGUAUGCGCCGGUCUGUGGUUCUGAUGGCAUCACAUACUUUAACCCCUGCCUGGCAGGCUGUAGCAGUGUGGGCAACGACAUCAAAGGAAUCCGGAACUACGCAGACUGUGCGUGUGUCCAGAGCAGACAGGUCAUCACCCCCUCCUCCAACGGCCAGGGCAACCAGCUGCAGCUGGUCAUCGUCAAGACCUACCUGAAUGAGAAUGGCUACGCCUUGUCUGGGAAAUGUGACCGCACCUGCAGCACACUCAUCCCCUUCCUCAUCUUCCUCUUCAUCGUCACACUCAUCACCGCCUGCGCUCAGCCCUCCGCCAUUAUCGUCACUCUCAGGUCAGUAGAAGAGCAGGAGAGACCCUUUGCACUUGGGAUGCAGUUUGUUCUCCUCAGGACCCUUGCCUAUAUCCCUACUCCCAUCUACUUUGGGGCGGUGAUCGACACCACCUGUAUGCUGUGGCAGCAGGACUGUGGUGUCCACGGCUCCUGCUGGGAGUACGACGUCACUUCCUUCCGCUUCGUCUACUUCGGCCUGGCUGCCAGCCUCAAGUUCAUUGGCUUCAUCUUCAUCUUCCUCACCUGGUACUCCAUCAAGUACAAGGAAGAGCGUCUGGAGCGCUGGCUGAAACACCUCUCGCCCAUGGACACGGUCAGCGACCUCAUCUGCCACGCCGGGGGUCACAAGGGGCACUCCCGUACCCGCUCCUGUCCCGUAAAUAUACCACGCAACGAACCUCCCAUCAUCCCCAUCCUCAACAGGGGCCUCAGCAGCCAGAGCUGCCCGGGAAACAGCCUGAAGAGCCUGAAAGCAAUAACCCCGCCGGCCCCUCGCCCUCCCACUCGCUCUCUAGAACAGGUGUCUGCCCGUAUCUGAGUGCUGGGUGUUGUUUCCAACCAUCUACAGCCCUCCCUGCUAGCCACAGUCUGCAAUGUGUACCUUUUCUCAUUCUGGUUCUCACUUGUAUAGUAUUAUAGUGUGUAAACACACACUCACACACACAGGCACUGGAUGUCACUCAAACAGUCAGCGGUUGGUCAACACAUAUACAGGAAGACACUGGGAUGGGUACCUCGAUUUAGCUUAUCCCCUCUUCCUUCUGCCUAGUAUGAUAGUUUGCUUUUUUGUUUUCAUCAUGGAAGUGAAUGUGUAUUAUCCCUGCAUAUCAUUUCUUUAGAAAAUUGCAAGUGUGAUCUUAAUGAUGGUAUUAUGUGAUGGUGCUAUGUGAAAAUGACAUGAAUAAUAUCCUACAUUGCUCAGUUUUAUUGUUAAUUCUGAGACCUCAGCAGGAUGAGGUAAGAAGCUUGGCCGGCUAGCACAACUAAAUCCUGUACUAUGCAAGGUCUUUUUGCCCUAUUUUACAAUGGCUAGCAGUACUAAAGGCACACAGUGAGUGUUGCCUUCCCUUCCCAUACAAUGUGCAAACGUCAUUCAGCAUUGGCCCAUACCUGCGUGUAAUGAUGACUGGUUGACUUGGAAAGGAUAUUAUUGAAACAUUUGGAAUUGGUACUUCUGUGGCAAGCUCAUAGACAGGCCCACAAAUACUUCCCUUGCCGUAGUUGUAGUUCAGACAGUUGGCUUGCAUCCUAAAUGGUUCCCUAAUACCUAUAUAGUGCAAUACAUUUGACAAGUUCUCAUAUGCCUUUGGUCAAAAGUAGUGCACUACAUGGGGAAUAGGGUGCCAUUUGGCAUGCAUACAAUGACCCCCUGCUGGCUCUGGUGGAGAAGUCCAGACCAUUGCUGCUGGUGCCAAGAGACUGCUGUGCUUCCCAUGAUCAGCUAAACCACACACCACUCUUUCACAUAAGUUAUUGUCAGUAUUUUAGUGGCCUGUCAGACUUCACCCCACUUUUGAGCGAAGCCUAGGAGUCUGAGGCUAUCAGUUUAGUUCAGUCUCUGUACCACACCAAGCAUGAGUAAAAGGUAUGGAUGUAUACAUUUAAUGCAUAUACCAGUAGCGCAACUUCUCCCAUAUACUGUGUAACCGAGCCACAUUAUCAUUUUUAAACAAUACUCUUUAGGGAUUUAGUAUAAAGUCCAACUACUCAGUAUGUCUACCAUACAGCAUGUGCUACUGAACCACUGUCGGUGAUAUCAAUCAUGGCUUCUGAGGUUGUUUUGCCUUUUGGUGUAACCCUUUCUUACUAACUCAAACGAAGUUAGACUAAUUGUUUAAACAGUGCUAAGUCGGGGGGGGCUGAUUCUAGAUCACAACUUCUACUUUAAGACUUGAUACAGAAGGCCCAUGAGCUGGAGGGCAACAAGAUUGUUGAAACAUUCAGGUGGCUUGUGGGUGUAACAUGCAAUAUUCAAGUACGUAUUGCUGUUAGUUUUGCAGGGUGUUUGAGGACACCUGCUGGUCAGAUGUAGUAAGCAAUAUUGUAGAAAGACAAAUUAAACUAGUGUUUUCCAAAGUAGGCAAUUAUUUGGUGGGAUAAUCAACAUUUUCAGUUCAAUCUAACACUUUAAUGUUGGAAGUUAAAUUGUGUUUUUCUAUGUACCAAUGUUGAGUUUGGGCAGUUGGGACAGCACUUACAUGAUAUGAUGUGGCAGUUGGGUUAGAGUUAAUAGUAUUAAAAGCUCUGAUUUGAGUGGCCUUUGGGAUAUUAUACUGAACUAAAAUAUAAACGCAACAAAUGUAAAUCAGAUUUAGUCACAUACUUACUUACGAGCCCUUAACCAACAAUACAAUUCAAGAAAUAGAGUUAAGAAAAUAUUGACUAAAUAAACUCAAGUAAAAAAUAAAAACAUGCAACAAUUAACGAUUUUACUGAGUUACAGUUCAUAUUAGGAAAUUGGUCAACUUAAAUAAAUUCAUUAUGCCCUAAUCUAUGGAUUUAACAUGACUGGGCAGGGGCACAGCCAUGGGUUCGCCUGGGAGGGAAUAGGCCCACCCACUGGGGAGCCAGGCCCAGCCAGUCAGAAUGAGUUUUUCCCUGCAAAAGGACUUUUAUUACAGACCCAUACUCUGUUUCAUCAGCUGCCCGGAUGGCUGGUUUCACACGAUUCCGCAGGUGUAGAAAUUGUGGACGUCCUGGGCUGGCGUGGUUACAUGUGGUCUGUGGUUGUGAGGCUGGUCGGAGGUACUGCCAAAUUCUCUAAAAUGACAUUGGAGGCAUCUUAUGGUAGAGAAAUUAACAUCCAAUUCUCUGGCAACAGCUGUGGUGGACAUUCCUGCAGUCAGCAUGUCAAUUGCACGCUCCUUUAACUUGUUAGGCCGGUUGUCCCCAGCACAGGGUGCACCUGUGGAUUGAUCAUGCUGUUUGAUCAGCUUCUUGAUAUGCCACAUCUGUAAGGUGGAUGGAUUAUUUUGUUAAAGGAGAAAUGCUCACUAUCAGGGAUGUAAACAAAUAUGUGCACAACAUUUGAGAGAGAAGCUUUUUGUGCAUAUGGAACAUUUCUGUGAUCUUAUUUCAGCCCAUGAAACAUGGGACCGACACAUUUACAUGUUGCGUUUUGUAUUUUUGUUCAGUAUAUAAGAUGUUGCCGAUUUAAUAUGGAAAGUGACCAUAGCUCUUUAUAACUGAAUGAUUAAGUGAUUUUUUUUUUUUAUGAUUAAACUGACAUUGCAAUGUUAUUCUAGAUGACCAUGUAUCUGCCAAUAGUAGUGACAGACAGGCUAAUUGAUGUAAUAAUUUUCAGUACUCAUUGGAAAAAUAGACUAAAGGAUAGAAAUCACAAUUCUUAGUCAAACAUUAUGUAUUCUUUCACAUGAAAUGCAGUGUAUGUAGUGCGCAUUUAGGGGCAAAUAUAUUAUAUUUCUAGCUACAUUUUGAAUCAAGGAUGCUAACUUUAGUGUUAUUGAAUCCAAUGUUAGUGAAAGGCUACAUUAUGUUAUCUUUCAGUGCCUCCUUUUCCUACUCAUUGAUUACAGUUGAGAUGGAUUAAUACGUCCGUGUUUAUUUAACCUUUUAUGCCAUUUUUUUAUUUGGAAAUUCUGAAAUGCUCUUGACUUCAAGUAAUGACACUAAAUGAUAUGACUGACUGAAGAAUUUAACUCUAGGGCUUUUUGUUUACUUGCUGCCAUCAAUAGACAUUUUCAACCUGUACCUACAGUACCAGGAUGUUUGCUGCAGAAUUCCAGUAAUCUUGUGAUACUCACCCUCAAACCUACUGUUCCUCUGGAGCGAGAAGCGCUCUGUUACCUCCUUGUGUAGUGCUGUCAUUGUAUGUGGCAUAAAACGAGGACUUGACCUGGAUGCUACGAUAGACUAUUUCAGGUAGAUUGUACUUGUAUCUUCUUUGUCAGUAUUGUAUUUAUUUCAGUUCAAGUUAGUGUUUAAUGACAAGUUAAUGUCUCAAUUAUAUGGUCAACAUCAUCAUAGGAAGAAAAUUGUCAAUUGUUUGCGGACACACUGUUUACAAAUGCCUUGGAUACUUGACCUCUGUCAAUAAAAAUGUGAAAAAUAAAACCAAUCCUGUGUA